AUGGCUCUAUUUGACGUGCCUGGCACUGACGAGUACGAGGUGGAGGAUGAAGUGGGUCACGGCACCUUUUCAGAGGUGCACCGUGCCAGGCACCGUGCCACAGGCGGGCUGGUGGCCCUCAAGCACAUGUUCCUGCAGGAGGAGGGGGUGCUGCCGACGCAUGUGCGUCGAGAGCUGCGCCUGCUGCGCGCGGUGCAGCACCCCUCGGUGGUGUCGCUGCUGGGGGUGAAGCAGCAGGGCUUCUCUGUGGCGCUGGUGCUGGAGCACUGCCUGACCGACCUGCGGGUGCUGCUGGCGCGGCUGCGGGGCACGGCGCUGGACGCGGCGGUGGCCAAGGCGGUGGCGCAGCAGCUGCUGCAGGCGCUGGCGGCCUGCCACGCCGCCGGCUUUCUGCACCGCGACGUCGCCCCCUCCAACAUCCUCGUCGCGUCCUCAGGCGCCGUCAAGCUGGCAGACUUUGGGCAGGCGAGGCACCUGCCGGGCGCGUCCUCCAACGGGGUCGCCGGCGAGCCUGCGUCGGAUGAGGAGGAGGUGGCGGGCGGCCUGACUCCUGGCGCCGCGCUGUGCACUCGCUGGUACAAGGCGCCGGAGCUGCUGUUCAACUCGCGGAGCUACGGGCCUGGGGUGGACCUGUGGGGCGCGGGCUGCAUCCUGGCAGAGCUGCUGGCGGGGCGCCCGCUGUUCCCGGGCAGCAGCGACAUUGCGCAGCUGGCGCUGAUGAGCGACCAGCUGGGCAGCAUCAGCGAGGAGCGGUGGCCAGGCGUGCGGGAACUGCCCGACUGGGGCAAGCUGAUCUUCCAAGAGCAGGCGGCUCGGGACCUGGGCGCGGCGCUGCCUGGGGCGCCCCCCGACGCGGUGCAGCUGGUGGCGGGGCUGCUGCAGUACAACCCAGACCACCGGCUGAGCGCGGAGCAGGCGCUGCAGAGCCCCUACUUCCGGCAGGAGCCGCUGCCCGCGGCGCCCGACGUGCUGCUGGGCGUUGUGCUGCACGCGCUGGCGUGA